GCGGCGAUCGUCCGACCAUCACUGCUCGCCCUUGGCUUCGGGACAGUCGAGUUCGAAUCGUUGAGGUUAUCGACAAACUACCCAGGAUACUGGGGUUAACCGAGGCGCACGUCAUCCCGCCUGAUUGGCGAUGGGCUAGUCACCCGCAGCCAGCCGAACAACCAGCCUUGAAGACUCUGGGGUGCACACCAUUGGCUCAGGCGGGACCCAGAUGCUUCCACCUAAAUCUUGUCCAGCCCCAGCAACAUCUUCCUGGAUCCAUGAGCCUUCCCUGCUUCAAUAUCGCCGUGACCAGCUUCACAUUUCGCUACAUCCAGAUCACACAUCUCAUUCGUCCAUUCCGCGAAUCAUUGAGGCUCCAAAGGUCACCGAUCCGGCCAUUGCCAUGCUAGAGCUGAGUAGCAGAAGCCCCCGGAAGUCAGCGGAGCAAGGCGCCCACGAUUGUGACAACGAAGAAGGUCUGCCAACGCUUUGCAUGAUUGGCCAACUGGCAAUAGUCGGUCGACCCCUUCCGAGCAAUGCCACUCUUGGGGUACUCGAUGGAGGGUUGCUGAUUCAACGAUGCACAAAAGCAACUUCGACUUACCAGGUGGGCAUCAAGGCAUGGUUGGGCACGCACAUUUCGCACGUAGCGCGCGUCCCCUCAUCGUAUCGGCCGUCGGUGUUUGCUUGUCCAAUUUGUGCCCAACCCGGCCUGUUGUCACCGCUUCUUCUCCCGCUAGGUACAACCCUGCACAAAUCAUCCCAUCCGGUACCGAAAAGCUACUCCGACCUUUCGGGCAACAAUCCUCCAGCCCAGCAAAGGAAAAGUUUCUGUCACAGCCCAAUCGGUGCCCUACUCUACACAACUGGCUCCGUCCUCCGUCAGGAGUUGGCACGUCCAAUGGCUUCCACGCGUGAGCCUACACAGGCCGGCCAUAAGAUUUGUCUUCCUUCUGGGGUCUUCCUUGACUGAGGGGCCAACUGUCAAAAAAUUCGACCUGGCAUCGCGCGAAAACAGAGGGGGAAAGCACCAGCACCAGCAAUCAAAGGGCACGCUGAUCUCGCGUGUCGUGCCCACGAUCCACGCCGCGUACCAGGCUCGACAAGCUAGGGAUGGAUGCCAACUUGUCCUGGGGCGCCCACCGUCGACCAAUCUAUUCCAGGACGCCCGACAGAUGAACCUUCUGGACUAUAGCGCUUGGCAGUCACGUAUCCUCCAGCCCAUGCGGCAGCCGUCCCGCUUGAAACCAGAGACGUCUCCAUGGUGUUGGUCAUUGGGGCGAAUGCAAAUCUUUACUCG